CCCCACCCCGCGCAGCCUUCACCUUGCCGGCAUUGGCUCACCCACACGGGGCUGGGGGUUUGGAGCGGAUUUGUUUUUUUAAACAUUUUCCAGCAGACCACAUCCCCGCCCCCCCGCUGGAGGUCCCCCGCCCCCCGCACAUAUACCCUGCACACACGCACGCACACACACACACACCCGGCGCGCACAGACACACGCUCCCUCCCUCCGCGCUCUACCCCUCGCCCGCCCGCCGCGCACGCAGCCGGCCCCGGCUCCCGGCGCCCCGCGCCCCGCGCUCCGCGCCCCGCGCCCCGCGCCCCGCCACCGCCGCCGCCGAGCAAAGCCGGGCUGGGCUUGGAGCUGCUCAUGGAGAAAGUGCCAGGCGAGAUGGAGAUCGAGCGCAGGGAGCGGAGCGAGGAGCUGUCCGAGGCGGAGAGGAAGGCGGUGCAGGCUACGUGGGCCCGGCUCUAUGCCAACUGCGAGGACGUGGGGGUGGCCAUCCUGGUGAGGUUCUUUGUGAACUUCCCCUCGGCCAAGCAGUACUUCAGCCAGUUCAAGCACAUGGAGGAACCCCUGGAGAUGGAGCGGAGCCCCCAGCUGCGGAAGCACGCCUGCCGAGUCAUGGGGGCCCUCAACACUGUCGUGGAGAACCUGCACGACCCCGACAAGGUGUCCUCUGUGCUGGCCCUUGUGGGGAAAGCCCAUGCCCUCAAGCACAAGGUGGAACCAGUGUACUUCAAGAUCCUCUCUGGGGUCAUUCUGGAGGUGGUCGCUGAGGAAUGUGCCAAUGACUUCCCACCUGAGACGCAGAGAGCCUGGGCCAAGCUGCGUGGCCUCAUCUACAGCCACGUGACCGCUGCCUACAAGGAAGUGGGCUGGGUGCAGCAGGUCCCCAACGCCACCACAGAAAAAGAUCCGGAGCUCCCAUGGGCCAGCAGACUUGCCUGAGAUCACACAGCAGCCCACCGGCCACACUGCCCUCUUCGGGGCCGUAGGACCCCUCCCUCCACCCCCCCUCCCUGGCAGCACCUUGAGCAGAAGGCCGAGUUCUGAAGACCCUCCUUGACGCUCCAUUUCUGGGUGCCAAGGAAGCUGGAGGAAUCCCUGACUCAACUUCCCCGAAGGAGGCCUCUGUGGCGGCCACGGUCCCCCACUGGAGCUGCCGGGAGGCGGCGCUGGCUGCCUGGAUGCUGACCCCAGCACGGCGGGCAGGGUGGGGGACCCUUCCUGCUCGCAGAGCGGGGCCCACUCUUCUUAGCUUUUCUACUCACUGUUAGAGAGAGACCUAGCUGAGCAGCUGGCAGGAAGCGGGACAGGUCUAGGAGACCCUUAGGGAAUAAACCAGCCCCGUUUCUAUCAGCCCAGCCGGCAUGCAGGCCUCCACAUCACCAUCUAGAGUAUCACGCACACAUCUACCAUAUAUACAGAUAUAUUCUAUAUACGAGCUAUAUAUAAAUAUAUAUAUACACAUAUAUAUACACACGUACAUAUCUAGAAUGUGUAUCCACGGGGCCCAGAAGCCUCGGUUUGGCCCCCACCUGUGAGUGGGGCAGGGAGCUGUUCCGGUUGUGCAGAGAACAGAGUGUUCUGGCAAAGAGGAAAUCCCACAGCAGCGCAGAGAACCUGGGCCUGGAGGGGUAGGGCUGGGGCGACCUGGCUUGGCGGCAAAGCCCAGCGCUUCUCAGACCAGCUCCCCACACUCCUGAAUUCCACUUCCAGGCAGAAAGGAGUGGGCUCCCCCUGCUCCCUCAGAGGAACUGACUCACUGACUGCCCUAGAAUGGGCAAGGGCAGAGCGAAGUUCUGGAUGGGAUGAGCGCACUAGUGGAGGGGCCUCCAUCCAGAAACCUCCACCGCCAGCUCCACCUGCCUUGGCCACCAGGGUAGCCCCGGGGAAUCCGGGCUGCUGGGCAGCAGGUUGGCGAGACCACAUGCCUGGGUCUCCCCCUCAGCCCUGAGGGCUGAGGGCUUUCCCCACCCCCCUCUCCUCCUGGCCGGCAGUCGGCCCCGUCUAUUCAUGUGCGCCAGCCUUGCUGGGGGGCCCCCAUGUGUGCCCCUUGGUCACAUGUAUCGUCUCCAAGGAUGUUUUGCUGCUGUGGCUACUAUGCCUGUGUCCCCUCCUGGCCCAUCCUCAUCUUCAUCUGUGUAACUGCCUGUCCUCCUUUUCUAGUUUCUGAUGUUUGUAACCAGACCCAGCUGUGUCAUUAAACAGACCUGUUGUUGCUGUA